AUGGGGAACUCGAACCCUGACCCACCGAAUACUACAUCACACUGCCACCGGUGCCCCUCAAGCUUCACCAUGGAGAUUAAGUGGUCAAACGGCGGGCCAUAUCGCCCAGUGAUGGCGUUAAUCACCUGUCCCGCUAGGAUUGUGACCUCGAAUCCCAUUUCUGACAAAAGCCAGGAGAACAGCCCGUUAUUCUCGAAGCAGAACCCUCCGCGGCGGUGGUUAACGAUUUUUAUCAUAGAGGUGCGGGAGUUCAAGUCCCACGCGCCCGCCGCUGUGGAUGGUAAGGUUCUCGAACCGGACAGAGAUCAGGUGACAGCGGUGUGCACGUUGGAGCGCGUCCAGGUUCGCCGUUGGAACUGCCGGGCCCGCGUACCCAAUAUGUAG